AUUGCUCACUUGCACGUUUAACAGAUUUGAUGGCUUCACAAGCACAUUCCAGGACAAACUAUUUAAGGGCUAUAACAUGGAAAUACACAAUCAAAUAUUCUAUACAACACUGUGUUCCUGUAUUCUCAGUUUAAGUGGACUUAUGUUACAAGGGCAUCUUCUUUUAGCAAUAGAUUUUGUGUACCGCCAUAAUGAUUGCUUCCUUGACAUUGUACUGCUUUCAACUGUUGCAACGGCUAGUCAAUUCUUUAUUUCCUACACAAUCCGCACAUUUGGUGCUCUUACAUUCGCCACCAUAAUGACCACAAGACAGUUGGUGAGCAUCAUGCUGUCUUGCAUUUGGUUUGCGCAUCCUCUAAGCUGGACGCAGUGGAUUGGAGCUGCUAUUGUUUUUGGCACUCUUUAUGGGAAAAGCUUUCUAAGACGUAUACCUCACAAGCCUACACCACCAGAAAAUGUGCCAGGGUCCAGUGCUACAUUGAAUGGCAACCCCUGAUAUGAGAGGAAAUGAUUACUGUGAAUGAUGACUGACUUUCAUGUUCAUAUUACACUGGACAAGCUGCCAUUCUUAUUCUGCAGACACAAUGCUGCCAUGUGGAGAAGGAUAUGGUCUGGCAUAAGAAUAUUAUGUCAUUUACCUCGGGAAGGCACAGCUGGUUAUAGAGGAUAAAUUUUUGGUGCCUUGAUCUUUGUCAUUCAUUAACAUGUUACCUGGAGCCAAAUCAUUUUUCUCCUCCUCCCCCAGCCCUUUAUACUGGACCCAGUUUUAGUUUUGGAAGAAUUAACAUAUGUGCCUAAUCAAAAAAAAAGAAGAGGCAUCAUAACUGAUACAAAAAUUUUAAUGUACUAGCACUUGGAUAGUAAAAUUUUUUUUUGAUGGAGAAGUAUCGGUUUCCAUAAGCUCGUCUCAUCAUAAGAGGAUAUUGUAAUAUCAGCCCACCUAUGAGAUUUUGGUAGAGAUUAUAUUUCAGUUUGAACA